GGGCCGAGCGGAGCCAGACCCAGAGCCGGGAGCGGGAGCCCCCGCCCAGGAGUCGUCAGAGUCCCCAGCCCGGGCAGAGAGUUCGGCAGCCCCGGGCUCGCCUCCGACCCCCGCCAGCAUGAUGCCCAGCUUCCUGUCGGACGGCCGCCCGCUCAGCGCCGUGUCCUCGGUCGUCAACAAGUUCGGCCUCUUCGACUCCAAAGCCGAACCUGAGGAGGCGGCCCGGCGUCCGGUGUCCGCGCCCAAAGCCCAGUCCGGUCCCCGAGACCCCGGCACGGCCGAACCGCCGGUUUCAGCACCGCGGACAGCACCCAGCACCUUGUGCCCCGUGUGUGCGAGCACCGAGCUGCGGCUGCAGGAUCCCGGCGCAGCCAACUACGGCCGCUGUACCCAGUGCCAGCUCCUGGUGUGCAGUCAGUGCGGCUUCAACCCCAACCCGCACAUCAGCCAGGUCAAAGAAUGGCUGUGCCUGAACUGCCAGAUGCAAAGAGCCCUUGGCAUGGACAUAACAUCAGCACCUGCCUCCAAGCCACAGCCUGUGCCAUCCAAACAGGGGACUCCUGCCUCAGCCCCACAAGUGGCCAAACAGGGGCCAGCUCAGCAGACAGCACAGAAAGAUCCUACACAAAGACCUGAACAAGCUAUGCCAUUAUCACAACCCGGAGCCAGGAAACAGCCACUGCUCACCAAGCAGAAAUCCAUAGCUGCCUCCCCACCACAGAAGCCCAAGCAACAACCCCAUGAGCAGCAACCGUCACAGCAAGUGGUCCAGAAACCAAAACCAGUUAAACAGUCAUCGCAGGAUGUUUCCACCGCUCAGGCUCCAGAGACCCAGCAAGCUUCACCAGGUGCCCAGCAGAAAGGCUCCAAGCAGACCAGAACUGUGGACCAAACAACAGCUCAACAGCCUGCGGGGAAACAGAAAGAUUCGGAUCCGAAAGUGCAGCCACAGCAGUUGAAGACGAAGGGAGGUUCUGCUCCAGAACCGGAGGCUGUCCAAAAAGAGCGCAUUGUUGAAGCAAGCCAGGCACAGAAGCCAGCACAAGUCGUCAAAGCUCCACAGGAAAAGCAGACUGCUGGGGCUGCUCCUGAACCCCUCAAAAAGCCCCCUUUGAAAACAGAAUCAAAAACCACUCAACCAAAAGAAGAUCAAGGAAAACCAAGUCAGAGGCCACCAGCUGGGAAGCCGCUUUCUUCACAAGCUCCGCCAGAGGCUCAAAGGACUCAGAAGCCUCCAGAGCAGUCAAGGCGUUUCAGCCUGAACCUGGGGGGCUCAGCCCAACCACCACCGUUCCAGCCAACAACUCCUCAAGAAAGUGUUACUGGAAGACUCUUCGGCUUUGGGGCGUCCCUCUUCAGCCAGGCCUCCACUUUGAUAUCAGCAGCGCCGCCGCCGCAGGACCAGCAUAAGCCUGGUCCCAAGCAGCAGCCCGCACCGCCAACCCCUGCCGCGAGCAGCACACCACAGAGAAGUCUUAAACCAGACACCGGGAAAAGAGAAAUAAAACCUCAGGCAGCAGAAAAGUCAGAGCAGAAGGCAGCCGGGACAGCUCAAGGCGCCAAGGAGGCUGGACCUGCGAAGAAGGAUGCAGCAGUAAAGCAAACUGUUGAAGUGCCUGCCAAGGGACUCAAAGCAAUGGAGCCUAAAAUGGGCACGCCAUCUGAGAGUACUUGCCCUCUUUGUAAAACUGUCCUGAACGUUGGUUCCAGCACUGCUCCCAACUACAAUACAUGCACAGAAUGCAAGGCGAUUGUGUGCAACCUCUGUGGAUUUAAUCCAAUGCCACAUCUAACAGAGGUUGAGGAAUGGCUGUGUUUAACCUGUCAGACUCAACGCGCUCUCAGUGGACAGCUUGGAGAUCCUGGAAAAAUGCCACCUCUGCUUCCAAUGCCAUCAAAAGCACCGGUGAAGCCGUCAUCGCCCGGUCCUCCUCCAUCCAAGCAGCCACCUUCUCAGAAAAGCCCACCUCCAGUCAGUUCAUCGCCUUCCAAAUCUGUCACAGAACAGGCCAUGGUCCCGCGGUCAAAAGAGACGGAGCAAGAAAAGACAAGAGCUUCCCAAGUGGCAAUGACAAAAGAAGCAGCACCAACAGUUCCGGCCAAGCCAGCAGAAACGUCACUUCCAGUCAAACAAGAUGCAGCUCUGAGGGAGGACCUACAAGCCCCAAAACCAGGUGCUGCACAGCAGACCCCAUCCGCUGAGGAGAAGCGGCCUCAGUCUAUUCCUGAGCAAACAGCAGCUGCUGAGAAACAGCAGGCCGGAGCACCUGAACCAGAACACUCAAGGGCCGUAGCUGGAAAGGAAGCAGCAGAUGUAAAAGAUGUGAAAGCUGAGGAAGCCUUGCCUGUGACAGGCAUCAUAGAACCACGCUCUGACACCACAAAGGAGCAGACUGAACAAAUGAGAAAACCUGAGCAAACGGAGAAAGUAAAAGUAACAGCCGAGAAAGAGGAAGAUAAGUCAGAUUCAUCUGCAGUUCUUCAGCAGAGGAGUCCGCAGGGUUUGAGCGAUACAGGCUAUUCAUCGGAUGGUAUAUCAAGCUCACUGGGUGAAACCACAACCGCUCUUCCAAGUGAAGAUAAAGACUUGCUGAAAGAGCCAGUGAAGAAAGAUUCCGUUUCUCAGGAAAGUUGUCCUUCAAGUCCAUCUGACCUUGCCAAGUUGGAAAGCACUGUACUUUCAAUCUUAGAAGCUCAGGCAAACACAGAAAACAAUGAGAAGCCAGGUCAGUACAAAGAUCCUUAUGGACUUUAUACUGACCAAGAAAGGGAACGACACAGGCCAAGGACCUUGCCAAUUACCCCUGAAUCUUACAGCUCAGAUGAAGAGGAUCUAGAAGAUAUUCAGGAAGAAGAUGAAGACGCUCUGGAGGAUGAGAAUCAUGGGGAUACAUUGCAUACAACAGAGACAAAAGAAACCUGUGGAUCUCAGGAUGAUGCAGCGGUGAGAAGGCAGAGGUAUGAUUCUCUGGAAGACAGUAGUGAGAGUGAACACUCGCCCCGUCCUCACCGACAGAGAACAAUCAGCAUUGGAUCGUCAAGCAGUGACAGCCACGGGUCUGGUGACGAAGAGGAAUUCAUUCGAAAACAGAUUAUUGAGAUGAGUGCAGAAGAAGAUGAAUCAGGAUCUGAUGAGGAGGAAUUCAUCCGGGGUCAGCUGAAAGAGAUUAGUACAAAGGAGCACCCUGAGAGCAAAGGACCAGCUGUUAAACAUAGGCGCCUUUCAAAGAAGAGCAGCACAAGUCACGAUGAUGAUCCAGGGCGACGGCACUCAUGGCAUGAUGAUGACGAUGAUGAAAUAUUCGCAGAGAGCCCCGACGUGAAGUGCAGAGAAACCAAAAGCCAAGACAAUGAUGAAUUGUCUGUCUCUGCUGGUGGAGGGCUCAGACGUUUUAAAACCAUUGACUUGAACAGUUCAAUGGCAAGCAGAUACGCAGAAGAUUCUGAGAUCAAAAGGGAUGCAUUGUAUUAUGAUGAAGAACCAGAGCUGGAGAUGGAAAGCUUGACUGAUUCACCAGAAGACAGAUCUAGGGGAGAAGGUUCAUCCAGCCUGCAUGCAACUUCCAGUUUCACCCCUGGAACUUCGCCCACAUCUGUGUCAUCAUUAGAUGAAGAUAGCGACAGUAGCCCAAGUCACAAGAAGGUACUUGGAGAGAGUAAACAGCAACGGAAGGCUAGACACAGAACACACGGUCCUUUGUUGCCCACCAUUGAAGACUCUUCUGAGGAAGAAGAAUUGCGGGAGGAGGAAGAACUCCUGCGAGAGCAGGAGAAACAACGAGAAUUAGAACAGCAGCAAAGAAAGAGUUCAUCAAAGAAAUCAAAGAAAGAUAAAGAUGAGCUGAGAGCUCAGAGAAGGCGCGAGCAUCCAAAAACACCUCCCAGCAAUCUCUCGCCGAUUGAAGAUGCCUCACCUACGGAAGAGCUACGACAAGCUGCAGAAAUGGAGGAAUUACAUCGGUCUUCAUGUUCUGAGUAUUCACCGAGCAACGAGUCUGAGUCUGAAGGCUUUGAAAUAAGUCCAGAAAAAAUCUUAGAGGUCCAGAAAGUUUACAAGUUACCUUCAUCUGUUUUGCUAUAUUCUCCAACGGAUGACAAAAGCAGCAAUAUUAUGGGAGAUGCCUUAAGUCCAAAGUCUUUGAGGACUGCAGAAGAGGCAUAUGAAGAAAUGAUGCAGAAAGCAAAAUUACUUCAGAAUCAGAAAGGACCUGAUGAAGUAUUUGAAAAGGAACCUUUAUAUGGAGGGAUGUUAAUUGAAGAUUAUAUAUAUGAAUCUUUAGUAGAAGAUACUUAUAAUGGAACUGCAGAUAACCGUUUCUUAAAUAUAGGGCAGGAGACUGGUGCUGAAUUGUUCCAAGAAGCUGAAAAGAAACUAAGAAGUCCAGAUGAAAUUUAUGAAGAAAUAAUGAGAAAAUCACCCACUUACAGUGACACCAAGCAGUACGCUUACACUCAACCUUCAGACAUGAGCCUCCAGAAACAGCAGCUGGCUUCUACUGUACAGGCCAGUGGACAAGCAAAUGUUACACAUUCAUCAGAGGCCUUUGAACCUUCCACAAACAUUGACAAGCAAUUAUUAGAUGCUGACACUGCAUACGAGGAACUCAUGAAGCGACAAAGGGCACUCUUAACUCCUGGAACCAGCCCAACCCAGCCAAGUUCUCCUGAGUCCCCUGAAUCAGUUGUUACUCAUGGUUCUGUGGUAACAUUGCCACCUGGUUCCACCAGGCUGCAUGAUGUCUCAGUACCACGUCUGGAUUCAGAGGCCAGCCAAACUCUAAUGGCAGCUACCCUGAUGCAUUCUAUCCCAGAUGUUAAAAUCACACAGCACUUUACAACAGAGGAGGACAUCGAGCCAGAAUACGCGGAACAAUAUUGUGUCGAAGGGCGUGAUACUCCAGAGACCGUGAAACAUGGCAAAUCAGAGGCUACAACCAGCCCCAUGGCACCAACAACAGUGACAUCUACACCUUCUUGCACAAUUCCUUCAACUGCUCCCACAACAGGAACACCCCCAGUUUGUUACACUCUGGCAAAAGACUCUGUUACAGCUGGCAAAUCCACAAGUGUAGCUCCUACACCUACUGUCAAAGCUACAGUGAGUUCUGUAACUUGUGUAGGGGGAAGGACUUCCCAUGUACACCCUGCGUCUGUAACUGCCCCUUCUGAAACCAUGCCAGAUCAUGUAAUCAUUUCUGUGCCCCCUACUCCGGAAAGAUCUCAGAUUUCCACCCCUGCUCCAGUGGCUUCUGUGCCAGGAGGUACGCCACCCUCUGUGUGUAAUACUUAUGGUAAAGGUGUCCCUUCGGUGAGUGUUACUAUAUGUGGAGGCUUGGGUACAACGCAGACGGUACCUAAACCAGUUCUGCCAGCAUCUGAAUACGGAAAGAUUACAACCACUGUAAGGGCUCCGUCAGUUUCCACCACCUCCACCACAGUCACCUGUACUGCCCCACACCCACCACAAAUCACAUCUUGGGAUGCUUCUCUUCCUUAUAAAGUUGGGCCAUUUGUCACAAGACCAAUAUCGCAAUCUGUAACAAGUUUGCCAUUCUCCCCACCACCACCUCCUCCUCCUCCCCCUCUCCCUCCUCUUACUUCUCCAAAGCCAUUUAUCGUCUCAAAAAAGCCAUCCGUGACGCAGAUUCCAACCUGUGGAAUGGGUCCUCCUGUACACACUAGUGUUAGAACUGGUAUACCUAGUACCUUAGAUCAAAGCAGUUUGGCAGCAGAAGACAAACUGUUCCACCCAAUGCCACCCCCUGUCCCUCCUAAACCAGCCUCAGUUCCUUCUGGGUUGGGAUUCCUCGCAAGACCAACAGAGGGAAUUCGGCCUGCCAUCCCUCCAAAGCCUUCACUCGCUCACCUUCCCUUAACUGUGCAUAGACCAGGUGAAUCACAGCAAAAGCCCUCUGCCUCAGCUACAACCUUGUCUUUGAAUUUGACCUCUCCAGGAGACUUUAAACUGACCUCUCCAACAUCUCCCACAUCCCCUCUCUCAAACAAAUCUUCUCCAAAGUUAACGUUACAUUCCCAAGCUACUUACGUCGUAAUCACCUUGCCAUCGGAACCUGGAACCCCAACAGAAUCCAUGACUUGUCAAUCACCUCCCACUCAGAUGACAGCACCCUCUGCAAAAUCACCUGCUCUUACCUGUUUACCAUCCACAAUAUCCUUGGCUCACUUCACCCAGUCUCUGGAAACCCAGAAAAUAGUCGAAAAGCGGAAAACAGAGACCAUUUAUUUCUAUCAGAAUUUGGCACAAGGUGUUAUAUCAACAGUGGCCCGCGAGCUGUCAACUGAGGUCGCACAAGUUCCUGUGAUGUACAAUACCGUACCAAGCACUGGUGCUUUGAGUGUUUCUAUAUCCAUACCUCCUGACAGUAAAUAUUCAGAACCAGCACACCUUCAAGAAAGCAAGAGGAUCCUAGAUCACCCAGGCCCAUUCCUCACUGAUGUGAUUGACCUUCGCACUUUGUCAUCUCUGGAUUCUGCAAUGACAGGUAACGGGAUGGAUUUAUCCAUGGUCCCCGUGGACGGGAGAAGGCAGGAUGUGAUGUUUGAUGCUGGCAGUGGGCGGCAAGGCAGUGUGGUUCAGCCUACCAUUGUGAAUCUCAGUACAACCGGACCCGUGGAGCAAACACCGCUCUCAGUGCAGGCUGUGCCCGCAGCAAGUGUGGCUGUGGUUUCUUGCAGCACAGGGACGACAGACACCGCUGACCUUUUGAGUGGACCUGUGGAUCUGGGGCAUGCCGUGUCGUUGCCACUUCAGUUAACGGCCAAGUUUGAUGGGGCGGCAAUCACUCAUGCUCAGGGAGCCGGAACGAGCACGGCAGAAAUUCCAAUCAACCUAACAUGUGGCACCACUACAUUGGCGGCAGGGUGGCCUGCUUCAAAGCCCUUGACUAUAGCUCCCACCGGGACAACAAACGGAUGGAUAGAUGUAGAACCUGCUGAGGUUGCUGCGGUUGACUUAAGCACCACGAAGCCUCAUCGAAUGAUGGUGGCUCUUGAUGAUCUAACAUCUGGAAUUGUUACCGCAGUCGUCGAGGAGGAAGACAAGCCUGUUGACCUGACGGCAGGAAGACAGAACGUUUGCUGUGAUGUGGUUUAUAAGUUCCCCUUUGGUCGUAGCUGUUCUUCUUUAGCGCAGGAGCCUGCUUCUGCGCUACCGGAAGAUCGUUAUGGGUACAGGGAUGACCACUAUGUUUAUGAUCGUAAUGGCCCACAUAGUUACCGAGGAUUUGGGAGCAUGAAGCCUUCUAUGUCUGAUACGAACCUGGCAGAGGCUGGUGUGUUUCUGUAUAAGAGCAAACACGGCUUUGACAGCAUGGGUGUAGCAGAUAGGGCAGUUGACCUAACUGCAGGAAAACUGACAGCAGGUGAAUUAAUGGACUAUUCUGCAGUUUGUACUCAGCCUCAAGACCACCUCAGCAAGGGAGCGCUGGGCUAUCCAGAGACGAGACAAGCUGGGCUGCCACAGUAUUCUCAAGCAAGAAUAAUACCAACUAUAGGGAGCCACUACGGCGUGCCAAGUGUGUUACGGUCUUCUGGUGGUGUUGUUUAUUCUUCUGUGGCAACACCAAUUCCGUCCACAUUUGCGAUUACCACCCAGCCAGGUUCAAUAUUCAGCCACUCGCUGAGUCUCCACACCAGUGGUACUGCCCCUUCAGUUUCGGGUCUACCCCAGAGCCAGCCAGCCGUUGGCCUUUCUCUAGGCUUAGACGCUUCAACCUUCCAACCUGUUGGCACAGAACCACUGCAGAGCGGGCCCCACGUAACCACUGCAGCCACAUAUCCAGGCUCCUCGUCGGCAGGUAUCUUCAUGCCAGCCGAAGCCGACUUGGCUGCCAUUCCCAAGCUGUCGCCCGUUGCGUCCCCGGCAUCUGAAGAGAACAAGCACCUGCUGAUGGAGAGGGAGAUGCUUGAGUUUGAGAAGAUGAAGCAGCUCCGCUUAGCCGAAGAGCUGGAGCGGGAGCGCCACGAGAUCCAGAUCUUCCGGGAGCAGGAGAAGCUGAUCGUCCAGCGGGAGCUUCAGGAGCUCCAGACGAUGAAGCAGCAGCUCCUGUACCAGCAGGAGGAGGAACGCCAGGCCCAGUUCAUGAUGCAGCAGGAAACCAUAGCCCAGCAGCAGAUGCAGCUCGAGCAAAUACAGCAGCUACAGCAGCAACUGCAGCAACACCUCGAGGAGCAGAAGUUUCGACAGAUAUACCAGUACAGCUACGAUCCCGCCAGUGUGGUCACACCUCAGACAUCUGCGGACCAGGCUGUCAGGGAAUCCCAAUACACGACAGCAGACAAUGGCCAGUUCUGGCAUGCCCAAGAUGCUAGUACCUCAGUUUCAGCUAUGAUGGGAAAUGAGGUACCCCAGACAGAAUCAUGGUAUGCUGUUCAGUCUGAUGGGAUUCCCCAACACGUGCCCCGGCCCUGUCUGCCGGGCUCCGUAUCAGAGAUGUCCUUAAAAGAUGUGGAUGUUAGGGAAGGGAGGCCGCUGAAAAAGAGAAGCUCCAUGCCAAGGCUGCGAGCCCAGUGUGUGGAGCAUCCAGACGAAGACAUGGAAGAAUCAAGUUUGUACAAGAAGAUAGUUGACAGCGGAGUCCAAACUGAUGAUGAAGAAGGAACAGAAAGAUCCUACCCCAGUAGAAGAAGAAGAUCUAAAAAGAGUGUGGAUUCCAGUGUUCAGACAGAUGAUGAAGACAAUCAGGAGGACUGGGAUAUUCCCACUAGAAGGCGGAAGUCCCGUGUGGCAAAGUAUGCUGAUAGUGGCGCACAGCUGGACAAGGCAAAGCACCUGCAUUUUGCAAAGCUUUCCAAUAUCGCAGUGCAGACUGUAGCUGAGAUAUCUGUGCAAACAGAACCUGUGGGAAUAAUAAGGACACCUUCAAUAAGGGCUCGAAUUGAAUCUAAGAUAGAAAUUGUGAAGCACAUUUCAGCUCCAGAGAAGACGUACAAAGGUGAAAGUUUGGGUUGCCAGACUGAGGCAGACUCUGAUGAGCAAAGCCCCCCAUACUUAAGCAGCAAGGCACUCUCGACAGCGUCCUCACAGAAAUCUGACAAAAAACGUCCAACACCGUUAGAGAUUGGAUAUUCAACUCACCUUCGAGCAGACACACCAUUUCAAGUUGUUGCCACCCCGCCUAAAUCACCCAAGGUAUUGUACUCACCAGUCUCACCAAUGUCCCCAAACAAAGAAAUGGACACACUUUUUGAGCCCUACGAGAAAUCCUCUUCCGUCGACAUCAUCUCACAGAAACUAGCAGCUCCAGAACUGCCUAAGAGUCAGCCACUAAGUCCUAGGACCAUCAAGGUGAUGCAGCGGUCCAUGUCUGACCCCAAACCAUUGAGUCCUACAGCAGAAGAAAGCUCCAGAUUACAGUUUCAAUACAGCGACAACUAUAUGGCCAAAAGUUCUCAAAAUAUCACUCCAGUGGGUACGCAGAAAAAGGUGAAGCGAACUCUUCCCAACCCCCCUCCAGAGGAGGUUGGUGCUCCUGGGAGUCAGGUGACGUUCUCCAGCGCGGGCUCUGUCUCCCGUAGGCGAGUCUGUAGGACAAACACCAUGGCCAGAGCUAAAAUCCUCCAGGACAUCGACAGGGAAUUGGAGCUUGUGGAGAGGGAGUCCUCGAAACUCCGGAAGAAACAGGCAGAGCUGGACGAAGAAGAGAAAGAAAUUGAUGCCAAGUUACGAUAUUUAGAAAUGGGCAUUAAUCGAAGAAAAGAAGCUUUGCUGAAGGAGCGUGAGAAGAGGGAGCGAGCAUAUUUGCAGGGUGUGGCUGAGGAACGAGAUUACAUGUCAGACAGUGAAGUGAGCAACAUCAGGGAUACCAGAAUGGAUGGACAACGUGGAUUAGAAAGGCCCCGAACAGCACCACAGUCUGAUUAUGAUCAGUUUCUUUCCUCUCAAACCCAGUCUCAAGCUCAGUAUGCGACCACUCCCAGCCGUUAUACGCAGUACCAGUACUCCACCCCAACAGUGACACAAGCCCAAACACAGUACCAGCAGCAGGCAUUAUACCAUCAGCAGGCCUCUCCCUAUCAAACACAGCCUACAUAUCAAGCAGUGCCCACCAUUACCUACCAACAACAGCAGUCUCCUGCUGCCCAAGGCCAGUCCACAGCCUACCCCCAUUCAUCAGUGAUAAUUCAGCAGAAACCCAGGCAGAGUACACUUGCUGAUCUUGAACCAAAAAUUACCACACACUAUGAGGUGAUCCACAAUCAGCCCAUUCUGCUGGCCUCCACUUCUACAGACACGACAUAUGCAGUUCCUCAUCUGAGUAGUAAAUACAGCAGUUUAGACCAUAGGCUAGGCUUGGAUGAAAGAGGGGCAAUUGCAAGUAGUCCAAUGUCAAGCAUUUCUGCAGAUUCCUAUUAUACAGAUCUAGACCCCCAUGCAUCCAGGAACUACGUCCUGCUGGAUGAUAUUGGCGAACUCACUAAAGGGUCGAGUUCCCUUACCGCUGGUUUUAAUCUUCACAAUUUACAGAAGGAAGUACAAAAAAGUGAGCGACUUCUCCAUGCCAGUGAAGCACGCAGAGCUGGAGAUGUGAAGGACUUCAUUGGGACACUGCAGGCAUCCAGCCGGUUACACUCCUAUGGGAAGGUAGAAGAGGACUCCAUGGAGGAUCCUUAUGAGCUGAAGCUUUUGAAGCAACAAAUAAAACAGGAGUUUCGCAGGGGUACGGAAGGUUUAGAACAUCUUUCUGGCCUCCCUCACUAUUACCAUGGAGACAGCAGCUACAGGCACUUUGCGAAAUCUGAGAAGUACAGCAUUAGCAGGCUAACUCUGGAAAAACAGGCCGCCAAGCAACUGCCCCCGUCCUUCAUUUACCAAAAGCAGAGCAAACACAAAAAACAGCUGCUGGACCCCAAAAUUUCCAAGUUUUUGCCAAUUCAGGAAGCUCGCGACGUGGAGGCGGAAUAUGCCAGCUAUAUGGGCAGUAUGCCUUCAGCAACCGGGGUUGGCUCCAGGGCAAGGCUUUUGCAGGACGACAUUACAUUUGGAUUGAGAAAAAAUAUUCGCGACCAGCAGAAGUUUCUAGGAGCGGCCAUUAGGGCGACCCUAGAUGAUGACAUUGACAAAGCUUACACAAGUGGCACGAGGUCCAGGCCCUCAUCUGUCUAUGGACUUGAUCUGUCAAUUAAAAGAGACUCUUCCAGCACAUCGUUACGGAUAAAGAGUCAGGAAAGUGAUCCAUUAGAUAUGGCCUAUGUACAUAGUACUCCAUCUGGACGAACUAAGCCGUCGAGUUUGCCCAUCAGCCACAGUAGGGGUAGAAUUCCCAUUGUGGCCCAGAACUCAGAGGAGGAAAGCCCUCUCAGCCCAGUUGGACAGCCCAUGGGGAUGGCUCGGGCAGCAGCAGGGCCAUUGCCACCAAUAUCAGCCGAUACCAGGGAGCAGUUUGGCUCAAGCCACUCACUGCCAGAAGUGCAGCAGCAUAUGAGGGAGGAGUCACGGACCCGCGGAUACGACCGCGAUAUCGCCUUCAUCAUGGACGACUUCCAACAUGCCAUGUCAGACAGUGAAGCAUACCACCUUCGUCGGGAAGAAACAGAUUGGUUUGACAAACCACGUGAAUCUCGCCUUGAAGAUGUACCUGCCGUAAAUCGCAAAGUUCCAGAGAAAUUAUCCCAUUCCAGACAAUCUCAACCACAGUCAACAGAAGUUAGUGGGAAGCCUGUUCUGUUCAACUUUCCCCACUCCCGGGUCAAAGUUCAAAGGGAUGUAAAAGACCAGACGAUCUCAGGAAAUGGAUUAGGAAUCAGGAUUAUUGGUGGAAAAGAAAUUCCAGGAAGAAAUGGAGAAAUUGGUGCCUACAUUGCCAAGGUCACCCCUGGGGGGGCUGCAGAGCAAACAGGCAAACUCACAGAAGGAAUGCAAGUUCUUGAGUGGAAUGGAAUUCCUUUGACUGGUAAAACCUAUGAGGAGGUGCAAUGCGUCAUUGGUGUCCCAGUUCGGGAAGCUGAAAUAUGUGUAAGACUGGACCUCAAUAUGCUUUCCGAUGCAGAGAAGUUCCAGCAUUUGGACUUGAAGGACCGAACAAAGGCAGGAGAAAAGCAAAGGUCACCAGGAGUUGACCCGAAGCAGCUGGCAGCAGAACUACAGAAGGUGUCUCAGCAGGCACCUUGUGUAGUGAGUUCAGCCUCAGAGAAAGGAGCCCACAGCCACUCAGGAACCACGUCUGCUGCUUCGAGUGCUGCUCCGAGUCCUGGGCAACCCGCUUCCCCUUCAAUAAGCAAAAAGCGACACAGCAGCAAGCCUUCAGAAACAGCAAGCAAGUCACAUCCAAUUACUGGAGAAAUUCAGUUGCAAAUGAACUAUGACAAGCAAGUUGGAAAUCUCAUUGUUCAUGUUCUCCAAGCCAGGGACCUUGCUCCAAGAGACAACAAUGGUUAUUCUGAUCCAUUUGUUAAGGUUUAUCUUCUUCCAGGCAGAGGCCAAGUUAUGGUUGUCCAGAAUGCAAGUGUAGAGAACAAGCGCAGAACUAAGCACGUGCAGAAAAGCCUCAACCCAGAAUGGAACCAAACUGUGAUUUACAAAAACAUCUCAAUGGAGCAGCUUAAAAAGAAGACACUGGAAGUUACUGUUUGGGAUUAUGAUCGAAUAUCCUCCAAUGACUUUCUUGGUGAAGUGCUGAUUGAUUUGUCUAAUGCCUCACAUUUUGAUAAUACUUUGCGAUGGUAUCCGCUGAAGGAACAAACUGAGAGUAUUGACCAAGUUAGGCCACAUUCCGGACAGAGCAGCCAGCAACAACCAAAAUCUUCAGUAAUUAAGAGUCGCAGCCAUGGCAUCUUCCCAGAUCCAUCAAAGGAGAUGCACGUGCCCACCAUUGAGAAAUCUCAGAGUAGUCCUGCCAGCUCAAAAUCAUCAUCAGAAGGACAUUUGCGUUCUCACGGACCAUCGCGAAGUCAGAGCAAAAGUAGCGUCACUCAGACCCACCUAGAAGAUGCUGGAGCCGCCAUUGCUGCCGCAGAAGCAGCUGUGCAGCAGCUCCGAGUGCAGCCAACACAUAAAAGCGGUCAGGCUCAAAAUCACACCAGGAAGCACAGACACAGCAUUGCAGGCGUCCCAAUACAAAGAACUCAGUCUGACAAUCUACCUUCACCAGCCAAUGAGAACAAAGACCAAAGUCAACUCGCCAUAAGGAAGGUGAUGUCAGAAGGAUCACCUAAGGCCGAAGGAGCAAAGUCUACUAAUCACAGACCGACCGAGUCUUCCAUUUCCACUGCCUCAUCUGUUAGCAGUACUGGAAGUGGCUACAAUGUAGACAGUGAAGGCAGCACAACAGGAGGGGAAGGCAGCGUCUUCACUGACACUCAAAUGAGUAAAGUGAGCCAGGACACUGAAAUCAUUGUGAAAGAUGAAAAGCACAAAGCAUCUGACCAGUUUUCACAACAAGGCCGUGGCCCAGCAGAAACCAAUGGUAAAACUCAAGUAAUGGGAGAGAUUAAAAUUGCUCUGAAGAAGGAGAUGAAAACAGACGGGGAGCAGCUGUUAGUGGAGAUUCUUCAAUGCAGAAACAUUACCUAUAAGUUUAAGUCACCUGAUCAUUUACCAGACCUGUACGUGAAAUUGUAUGUCAUAAACAUUUCAACGCAAAAGCGAGUAUUUAAGAAGAAAACUCGUGUCUGCAGGCAUGACCGGGAGCCUUCAUUCAAUGAAACGUUUCGUUUUAGUCUUAGCCCAGCUGGACACUCACUUCAGAUUUUACUUGUCUCUAAUGGUGGGAAGUUCAUGAGGAAGACGCUGAUUGGUGAGGCAUAUAUCUGGCUUGACAAAGUGGAUCUGAGGAAGAGAGUUGUUAACUGGCACAAGCUGCUCGUCAGCUCAACCGAGAGUCAACGAGGAACGACAUCUGGGGUUAACGUGCAAAACUGACCUGCUCACCAAAUGGAUCGCUGAAGUACAGCCCUUUGACCUGAACUGUUGUGCACUUUGGAAGUCCUAAAAGGGCAAAGAGAUUGUGUCCCAGUUUCUUUAUGCUGUGACCAUCAUGACUCCCCAAAGUCAAGUUUAGUCCUGUCUUAGGUGGUUCAAAGUGACAGCACUUACAAGUAAGAGACCCGGUUACAAAAUACAUAACACCUUUAAAAUGCAAAAAUAUACAGACAAGAAAAUGCUGACAGAACCAAUGCACAGAGUGAGCAGGUAUUGAUAUAUUGUAUAGAAUCCAUUCCAGGCAAGGGAAGUACUGGAACAGAUCUAUGUACAAAGGGGAGGAUUGUGAAGAUCAGCAUCAACAGGCACAGAAAAUUAGUAUAACCAUGUCACCUACAGUGCAAAAACUCCCUUUUACACUGACAAUAUCACUGUUGUCCUGAUAUCCAGUCUCAAACUUGCAGUAUUUUUGAUAGCGUAAUAAAAUUUCUAUUGUUCCAAAAAUUAUCUCUGAAAUUGAAGUAUUCAGGUUUUUGUUACCUUUCAAUGAUAUGGUUGUUGACGGAGCAAGGUAAUGGCUGUAUGAUUCAGAGUUUAUACAUAGGACAUAUCCUGAAAUUUCAAAGCCUCUUUCUGUUGGGGUUGAAUGUGGACUUGAAGUGCUGAACACUGGUCUUUUAGUGGAUUACUGUAAUUCUCUGACAUACUCAGGUGAAGGACUGUAGAUAUGAAUCACAAGCAAAAAAAAUUAAAUAGGAACUAGUAUAUAAUUAAAAAGAAGACUGGAUGGUUUUAACUGAAGUUUUCAGCAUAAUUGCUUAAUGGGAACUUUGAGGUAAUCACACAACAUUCUUAAUUUUGAUAUUUUCUAGGUAGUUUGUGAAAUUCUCCUAACUUUUUUUCAUUAAGAUUUUAAGCCUUUAUUUCGACAUUUUAAUGGUAAAUCUGCUAACUUUGCUAAACUUAUAAAAGCAUGGGGUGUUUUGAGAAGAGUGAUUAAGUGCCUGGCAUUAUAUUUCUGAGACAUUCAUACAGAGUGUAGGCCUGCCACAACAAGGCCAAAUCUGGCCUGGAAGAUGCUGAAAGAUCUUUAAUCGUAAACAGUUAGCAACACCGUUUUCACAAUAUUCUUCUGGUCGAUUAUUUUUAACCCUGAUUUGCUGUUGGUUCCUUACUGGUUGUGGACUCGGCACAAUUCAACUAGUUGUACAGAUUUUAAAAAUGUUUAAUGUUUAAUUGAAUUCCAUUAUUGCUUCAUUUCAUAUACAUAUUUUCAAUUAUGUAAAUAUAUUUAGUGUGUAGGGGUGGAGAGUAAAGAGUGAAUCUUGAAGGCUAAUUGUGCAUUAAGGAGUUUAAAAUAUGCUUCCAAAGUCUGUAUAGUCUGUUCUACAUAUAAAUGCAUAUAGAUAUAAAUAUAUAUCUAUCUAUAUAUUAAAAUGAGAUUUACUAAGUGUGAUUGGAGGCCCUCUAUGCAACAUGGACUCUACAAAUUUUGGAUGUAACAAUUAAACAAAAAAUGAAGGGAGUUUGCAACUAAAUAUGAGUAAAAGCACAUUGUAAAUGUUUUCUUACAUUGCACUCUAAUACAGUUACAUGCAGCAUUUACAUUAAGGUUGUGCUGAUAUUACACAUAAGGCUCACUGUAAAAAAAAGUGGAUCAUCAAUUAACCAGUUACUGGCAAAUAUUGUACAGCACCAAAUUUUCCUCAAAAGUGGUCAUUCCUUUUGCUUGCUUACACGGGCUUUAUGUCAAAGUAAAACUAAAAACUGCAGCAGUAAAAAGCAGAUAAUAUUCUCCAACUUGUCACUGCCUGGCUUUAACAUUCCUCAGCAGCCUUUGUUAUAUCUGUAAGAGAUCAUGAAAAUGCCAUUGUGUCAUGGGUAACAUUUUAUUACCGGUACUUUUUACACCUGACUCCAUAAUAUAUUCCCUGGGAUUUAUUUUGCUUGCUGAGAGUUUUCAAUCCUUUAUAAAAAUAAAAAUUGAGAAAAUUGACAGCAAUUUCAUAGCAUGUGUUAUGUCAUAAAUGGCUAAUCACAGUAAUGACACCCAUUGUGAAUGGCAGCUGUCUUUAUUUCUAGGUGUAAGACAUGUGUAAUGAGAUUAUACUUCCUAAAGUACCUUUCAAAGGAUUCCUUUAUUUCAAAAUGAGAAACCAAACAAUGAAAAUAUAAGAUUAACAGCAUGGUUACAUUCCAAGUUUUAAUGCAAGUUGGAGAAAGAUGGAGAUUGAUUUAAAUAUAACUUUGUUCACCUUUACUUAAAGAUGCUGGUCUGAUACAAGAAACUGGAAUGUGUGUUUACUAUCCUCUUGGUUUUUUGAUUUUUGAAAAUAGUUUUCAAUUUUAUUACAUUAAAGACAAGAAUCUAUCUUGAAAGAAUUAUUAGUGAUGUCAGUAAGAAAACUGUAGGGACUGUAAUUAAAUACCUUGAAAUAGAGCCUAUGUAGACCAGCAGAAAAGGCACUGUUUCUUUCAUUCCAUAUAGUUGUAUUAAUGCUAUUUGAUGUCUGUUUCAGUGAACACUAUAUCUUUGAACUUUCCCUGAUGGGUGAGUGUCUUAGUUGUCUAAGUAUGAAUAAAAUGUUUGUCUGGUGCAGAUAAAGUGUUCCCUUUGUACCAUGUAAAUAUAACUUCUUUUCUACAGCAGAUUUUGAACAGUUUUAUUUGUCUGACAUUCAGCAUGUGAAUGUGAAAUGUUCGUUGUUUAGAAAAACCUUUUUUAAAAAAAAAGACCAAAAAAAUUGAACAAUCCACAAAAACGCUGUUCUGUGUAACUGUUCCAGGUGUGGGGUGAAGUACUCGGUGAUGGCUGAAUUGCAGAUGUGCUGUCAACCCUUCAGUACUUGUACACCAAGCCCAUUGCUUCCUUUCUGAAAAUAAAUCACAUUUGUCCUUGAUUUCCGACAAGUGUUGCUAAAUUUCUGUUACGUUGGUAGAUGUCGCAUGUUUUAUGGUUUGUUCUUGUUACUUUUUGUUGCUUCUAGAUUCUCUACAAAGUAAAAUCAAUAUGGAGGAUGUAUAAACAGAGAAAAUUAUACCACGUAAUCCCGGUAUAAAUAAUGCUUGUAAAUCACAUUCUAUGUAAAGAUCACAGUGUGCUGAUUGUGUGGUUGUACACAGAGUGUUUCUAGGGACACUGGAUGCAAACUGUGGUAUAUAAAGGCUGUUACCCUAUCCUUGCUAAUAAACAUUGGAAAUAAAUAAGUGUC